UGACGCCGCAGCCGCCGCUGAGCUGGGGAUUAAUGGGAAAAGUUUUGGCAGGCUUCGGAGGAUACUGCGGAGCCUGCGGGACGGCAGCGGCGGCCCGGGAGACGGCCAGAACAGCAUUGUGUGGCGUUUUGGGCAUGCACGUGGUACUCACGCAGUGGCUUCUGUUCACCGAUAGAUGAGGACAGAUGCGCCAAAGAGGCUGAUGGCAGCUGCCCUGUAGAGGUCCCUCUGCGUUCAGACCCAGAUGAUGCCAGAGCUAUGAGCGGGCCUGCAGGCGUGGCGCCGAGGGGAAAUCAGCCAUGGAGCAGCUGCCGGGGGAAGCCCCUGAGAUCCGGGAAGAGGAGGAGAAAAAGGAAGUGGCAGAGGCAGAAGGAACCCCAGAACUCAAUGGAGGACCAGAGCGCUCUCUUCCUUCCAGCAGCUAUACAGACCUUUCCCGGAGCUCCUCGCCACCCUCCCUCCUGGACCAGCUGCAGAUGGGCUGUGACGGGGCCUCGUGUGGCAGCCUCAACAUGGAGUGCCGUGUGUGCGGGGACAAGGCAUCGGGCUUCCACUAUGGUGUUCACGCAUGUGAGGGGUGCAAGGGCUUCUUCCGUCGGACAAUCCGCAUGAAGCUGGAGUACGAGAAGUGCGAAAGGAUCUGCAAGAUCCAGAAGAAGAACCGCAACAAGUGCCAGUACUGCCGCUUCCAGAAAUGUGUGGCCCUGGGCAUGUCACACAAUGCCAUCCGCUUUGGCCGGAUGCCAGAGGCCGAGAAGAGGAAGCUGGUGGCGGGGCUGACGGCAAGCGAGGGGAAUCAGCACAACCCACAGGUGGCUGACCUGAAGGCCUUCUCCAAGCACAUCUACAAUGCCUACCUGAAGAACUUCAACAUGACCAAAAAGAAAGCCCGUGGCAUCCUCACUGGCAAGGCCAGCCACACGGCGCCCUUUGUGAUCCACGACAUCGAAACAUUGUGGCAAGCAGAGAAGGGCCUGGUGUGGAAGCAGCUGGUGAACGGCCUGCCCCCCUACAAGGAGAUCAGCGUGCACGUCUUCUACCGCUGCCAGUACACCACAGUUGAGACCGUGCGGGAGCUCACCGAGUUCGCCAAGAGCAUCCCCAGCUUCAGCAACCUCUUCCUCAACGAUCAGGUGACCCUUCUCAAAUAUGGUGUGCACGAGGCCAUCUUCGCCAUGCUAGCCUCCAUCGUAAACAAGGAUGGCUUACUGGUGGCCAACGGCACUGGUUUCGUCACCCGGGAGUUCCUGCGGAGCCUCCGGAAGCCCUUCAGUGACAUCAUUGAGCCCAAGUUUGAGUUUGCAGUCAAGUUCAAUGCCCUGGAACUUGACGACAGUGACUUGGCUCUCUUUAUUGCGGCCAUCAUUCUCUGUGGAGACCGGCCAGGCCUCAUAAACGUGCCCCAGGUGGAGGCCAUCCAGGACACCAUCCUACGUGCCCUCGAGUUCCACCUGCAGGCCAACCACCCCUACGCCCAGUACCUCUUCCCCAAGCUGCUGCAGAAGAUGGCCGACCUGCGGCAGCUGGUCACCGAGCACGCACAGAUGAUGCAGCGCAUCAAGAAGACCGAGACGGAAACCUCGCUGCACCCCCUGCUCCAGGAGAUCUAUAAGGACAUGUACUGAGGGGGCGGGCCGCCAGCGCUGGGACAUAAGUCACCCAUGGGACUUUUCCGGACCGCGGUCCCCCUGCUUCUGCUCUCAGACACACGGCCUCCUGCUCCCCGCGUUUCCUGCCUCCCCUUCUUCACCUGCCUCUCUCUCAGAUCCUCUUUCUUCUCUGAUUUCCUUGCUCUUCCUCGCUCU